CGCGAACCGCCGUAGCCCCACGCCAGCCGCUGCAAGAGCCGCGGGGAACGUGGGGCGCAGAGCCGAGGGCGAAGCCUUAACAUGGACGUUACCGUCUCGGAGCUCCUGGAGCUCUUUCUGCAGAGCCCGCUGGUGACCUGGGUGAAAACCUGGGGACACUUCCGAAGUGGAAACGAUGACAACUUGGCUGUGUACAUGGAGUUAGUGGAUGGCAUCAUUUUGAACCAAAUCAUGUUGCAAAUAGAUCCCAGGCCUACAAAUCAGCGCAUCAACCAGCACGUCAACAAUGAUGUGAACCUUCGCAUUCAGAACUUGACCAUCCUGGUGAGAAAUAUUAAGACCUUCUACCAGGAAGUUCUCCAACAGUUGAUCAUAAUGAACUUGCCCAAUGUGUGGCUGAUUGGCAAAGACCCGCUGUCUGGAAAGAGCAUGGAGGAAAUCAAGAAGGUGCUGCUGCUGGUCCUGGGCUGCGCUGUCCAGUGCGAGAGGAAGGUGGAGUUUAUUGACAGAAUCCAGCAGCUGGACAUCGAGACCCAAGCCGGGAUCGUGGCUCAUAUCCAGGAGGUGACCCACAACCAGGAGAACGUGUUCGACCUACAGUUGUUGGAGGUCCCAGACGUGGCCCCGGAAGAGCUGGAGGCCCUGUCAAGGAACAUGGUGUUUCACCUCCGGAGGCUCAUAGAUGAGAGAAUGAACGCAUGGAGGGAGGAGAAGACCGCGCAGCUUGCGGACACCAGGCACGAGAUGGAUCAGCUGCUGCUGGAUCUGCAGAUGAUGAAGCAGGAGAACAUCCAGCUGGCAGUGGAGGCCCGGUGUGCUAAUGCCUUCCGCGAUCAGCUGGACUUUCUAAAGAAGAAGGCGAAACGAGCAGACCAGCUGGAGAUGGAGCUGGUGCGCUGCAAGGACGAGCUGGGCAACCUGGACUUCUACAAGGCCGGCAUGGAGGAGCUGAGAAAGCAUAAUAGCAUUUUAAUGGAGGCCAAGUCCAUGCUGGAGGAACAGCUCGCUGUGGCUCGGGCUGGCGAUCAAGUUGAGGAGCUGCAGACAGAGAACCUGCAGCUGAAAUCUAAGCUUCGCACCCUGGAGCUGGGCUGGGACACAGACCAGAAAUGCAUUGAGGAAAUCCUAGAAAAGAACAUGGUCCUCGAGAUUGUACAGAGGAAGAGCAUGAACAAGUCUGCCCAUGUGGGCAGGGAGCUAGAGCAGCUGUCUAAGAAUGCAGAUCUGUCAGAUGACCUGUCAAAUGACUCCAGGAAGUCCUCUGUGCUUGAAACCAAACAAUGUGCCUCCAGCCACAUCCUGAAGCUGGAGAAGGAGAGACAGAGCCUACAGAGCACCAUCCGGGAUGCGUCCCUGGUGCUGGAGGAGAGCAGCCUCAGGUGCAGGGAGCUGGAGGAGGAGAACCAGCAGCUCAGCAACAAGAUUGAAACGUUGCAGACCCAGCUGGAGAGAGAAAAGCAGAGCAACCAGGAUUUGGAGACCUUCAGUGAGGAGCUGAUCUUAGAGACAGAGCAGUUGCGUUAUGACAUGCAGACCCGGACAGCUGACAGCGCCAGGCAGAUCCAGCUUCUUGAGCAAGAAAAGGAUCAUCUCAGCCAAGCAAUGCGGUUGCUGCAGGAGAGGUCACAGGCCGGCAGUGAGGCCCGCAUGAAGGACAUCGAGAGCGAGAACAGAGUCCUCCACCAGACGGUGACAGAGACCAGCAGCAAACUCAGCCAGCUGGAGUUGGAGAAGCAGCAGCUGCUCCAGGACCUGGAGCAGGUGAAGGAGAAGGUGAAGCGAAUGGAGGAGCUGGAGAAGGAGCUACACCGGCAGGAGAAGGAGAACGAGAAGCUGGCCGAGAAGUUCACCUCCCUGAGCACCACGGCCACCGAGAAGAUCGACGCCCUGGAGCGUGAGAGCCAGGAUCUGACGCUGGAGAACCAGGAGCUGAGCAGGUCUCUGCACACCCUGCGGAACACUUCGGUGCAGCUCGAGGAGCUGGAGCGGGACAACAAGCAGCUGAAAGAGGAGAACCUGGAGCUGCGCAGGAUGGUGGAGACCGUGAGCUUCACGAAGGCCAAGAUGGCUCAGGUGGAGGCAGAGAGCCGGGAGCUUGAGCAGGAGGAGGAGCAGAGAAGCGAGGAGCUGAAGGCCCUGAGCACGAAGUCGGGGAGCCUGGAGCUCAGCUACCAGAGCGGGAGCCCCGAGAACCUGCAGCUGCUGCCGACCCUGGAGACCAGCGGCCAAAAGUCGCAGGCCCUGCAGCACGAGCUCGGGGAGCUGCAGGCAGAACACCAGGCCCUGCAGCGGGACCUGGAGACCCAGCAGCUCGCCAGCAAGCCGCUGGAGAGGUCCGAGGACAGGAAGGCGCUGGAGCAGGAGGUGGCCCGGCUGGAGAAGGACAAGAAGCUGUUGGAAGAGGAGGUGAAGCAGCUUCAACAGCAAGUGGAGCUGAAGGACGUGGUCUUGGAUGACAGCACUGCCAGGCUGUCCGCAGCUCUGGACAAGGAGAUGGCAUGCUGCAAGGACGCAGCCACCAAGCUGAAGGAGCUGGAGAAGGACAACAGAGACCUCACCGAGCAAAUCACUAUGCACACAACAAUGCUGACGACCCUGAGCGAGGCCCUGGCGCUGGAGAAAGUAAAGACCCAGCAGCUGAACAUUGAGCUGCAUAAACUGAGCGAGGAGUUUGAGAAGAUGGGCCUCCACCAGGAGCUGCUGCUGCAGGAUGAAGACGGCAGCAGCGACACAAAAUGCAGGAUUUUGGAGGGCAGGAACGCAUCGGCAUUAGAAACAACACUAGACGUGAAGGGGGAAAAGGCUGUGUUCGUCAGAGGGCUGGGGGAGGAGAAAGCCAGCCGGAACCACCAGCUCCAGAAGGAGCCCCAGGAGCUGAAGAUGGAGUGUGAGCUCCCCAGGCAGAACCAGGAGGAGGGGAGGCACCUGGAGGACUCAUUGAAACACCCUGCGGGGACACUGGUCGCUGGUCACCAGGGGCAGGAGACACACAAGGAAGCCACCAUGGAGCCACUCCAAGUGCAGGACCGGGCCCUCAAGCUGGAAUGGAACAACGCAGCUCUGCAGGCCGAGAAGCAGCUGCUCAAAGACCAGCUGCAGCACUUGGAGACCCAGAACGUGGCCUUCAGCAGUCAGAUCCUGACGCUGCAGAAGCAGAACGCUCUCCUGCAGGAGCACAGCACCUCCCUGCAGGAGCACAACACCACACUGCUCACCCAGAAGUCCCAGCUGCAGGUAGAAAAUUCCACCCUGAACUCCCAGAGUGCCUUGCUCUCCAUGCAGUUCUCGCUGCUCCAGAGCAAGCAGCAGGCCAAGGAGAGGGAGCUCGAGAGCCUGCAGGAGCAGCAGGAGCAGCUGAAGGCGGACUACAGGGCCCUGCAGCAGGACCACAAGCACCUGCGCGCGCUCCUCCAGCACCAGUCCGCAGAGUACGAGGCCCUCGCCCACCAGCACGGCUGCCUGAAGACCCUGCAUGGAGACCUGGAGCUGGAGCACGAGGCGCUCAGGAAGAGGCACGAGGACAUGCUGAAACGCAAGGCGGAGCUGGAGGAGAUGGAGUCGGUCUUGAACACUGGGUGCGAGGCUCUGCAGCAGGAGCAGAGGACAAAUGCCAUCGCCAAGGGCGAGAACCAGAGGCUGCAGGAAGAGCUGGACAGGUUAUUGCCACCUCUUCCAUGCAGCAGCAUGUGCUGGGAUUUCAUUAAGACCAACUUACUCAGGUCAGUUUUGUACCAGCAGCUGAAGGGGGAGCACGAGGGGCUGCACACCCACAUCCAGUGUCUGGAAACCUCACUGAAUAGCUUGCAGCUGGAGCUAAGCCACCAGCAGGCCCAUAUCAACCAGAUGAAGGAGCAGUACCAGAGCUUGGAUUUCAUCUGCGAGCUGCUUUCUGGUCUCAAGGAGAACUUGGAAGAAGAAAAUCAUCACCUCCUGGGCCAGGUCAAUCUGUUGAACCAGCAGAACCAGGCUCUUCUAGAGCAGAGCAUGGAGAGCAAGGAGCAGUACCACGCUGAGCAGAAGCAGUACAUAGAUAAAUUAAAUGCCUUACAAAGACAUAAGGAGAAACUGGAGGAAAAAAUAAUGGAACAGUACAAGUUAUAUGAUCCUGCUCCGAAGAAGAAAAACCACUGGAUUGGAGCCAAAGCCUUAGUGAAAUUCAUGAAACCGAAGAAGGAGGGCGGCAGAGAGCACCUCAAGUCAGCCUCAGACAGCACGCCCUGGCCACUGGAGCCCUCAGACCAGGCCGUGCCCUCCACUUCUCAGCCUCUUAGGGCGCAGCUGGAGCCCCCCGAGGCCACCCCACCCUGCUCCCCCUGGGCAGAAGAGCGGGACACCCCCACCGCACCCUCGGCAAAAGGCCCUGGGGACCUAAAACCGAAGCGAGGAUCCCCACACAGGGGCAGCCUUGACCACAGGGAUGUCUCUGUUGACCCAGCCACGAAGGCCUGGCCGUCAGAGCUGGGCUCCCGGACCUGUUCAUCCAGCUCCACCCCCACGUCCCGGCACCCAGGAGGCCGCAGCAAAGGCUAUAAUUCGGACGACGGCCUCUGUGAGCCAUCCCUGGAGCUCGAGUUCACCAGCCACAGGCAGCACGUGUCCCGGCCAGGAAGCUUAGGGAGCAGUCGGAACGCGUCCAGUGAUAGCUCACCCCUUAACCUGAAGGGCUCCUCGGACCAGCUCCACCCCAGGUCCGACAGCUUCAGCAGUGAAGACUUGAUCCCCAGUAGGGACACGGGCGCUCUUCCUCGGGAUGCCAACACCCUAGGACGCCCUGCCCUCGGCCGCCACGAGUACCCGCCACCCCGGAACGGGCCGCUCCUCCAGGAGGACAUCCAGAAGAGGGGUGUGGCCCAGCCACAGGCCGGUGUACAGCCCUGCGCCUCCCUGAGCAGCGAGAUGGUCACCUUGGAGGAGUUCCUGCAGGAGAGCAACCGGGACUCCCCAACACCUGACGCUCCCCGUUGCCGGGAUGACCUGCUGAGCGACUACUUCAGGAAGGCCAGCGAUCUGCCCACCCCGACCCCCGGAGGCCAGCCGGGACCACCCGCCAGGAAGGAAGGGGCCCGGGUGCCCGUCCACUCUGUGGCCCCCGCCUUCAAGCUGGCUGUGAGCACCUCCGAGGGGAAGCUGCUGGCGCCCGGGCAGUACGCGAAGCCCAACUUCAGGCCUGCUGAGGCCGCAGCCGCUCCCAGUGCCCCCCUGAGGCAGGCCCUGUCCCCCCAGACCCUCUCGGGGCAGACCCGGCAGGCGCCGGCGGCCCCCACGGCCCAUGUCCCUGCCAGCGGGGCUGCGGCCCUGACCCGCGCCUUCAGCCUGGCCUCCGCCCACCUGCUGCGGGCCAGCAGGCCGGAGGCCUUCAGACAGGAGUCUCCUCAGAACCCUGGGCAUUCCGAGAACUCGGGGGGCAGAGAAACCCACCCCCUGCAAAGCUCCACACCCCCCAGCUCCCACAGCCUGGCCCAGGAGAGGACCCCCCUCGUGGGAAAGCUUGGUGGCUCCUGUCAGGGCCCAGGGCCCCGAAGCCGGCCACUGGACAUGAGGCGCUUCUCACUGGCUCCCCCAAAGGAGGAGAGAGCCCCCCUGCAGCAGCCCGCCCCGGCCCCGGCCCCGGCCCUGGAAGGGGGCGGCAGCUCCCAGCUCCAGCACCUCGCGCCUGCUGCAGCCCCAGCCGCCAGGACCAAGCCCCAGACCCCCCAACACUCAGGGGAAGCGGCCACCGUUGCCCCUGGCCGGGUGGGGCACAGCCUCUCACAGGGGGACAGGGUCCCAGGACAGGGCCACCGAGAGGGCUGCCCUGCCAAGAGCCCUGGCAGGUCUCCAGACGUGGCUCCCCACGCCCGCCGGGCUCCUGAGGACUCCAGUCCUGGGGACAGCUCAAAGAGCACGCCCGUGUCCCCAGAGCCGGGUGGGGACCAGCAGACUGUGUGGUACGAGUAUGGCUGUGUGUGACCGUCGCCUGGACCGGCAGCUCCGAACCUUACACUACUGACGCGCCUUCUGAGGACGAUGCCCCCUCGGGGCUGCCUGUGGAGUUGGGAGCGGUUCUAGAAUGAGGGGCGGGGCUCCCCUGCAUUUCUUCCAUUUGUUCUGUAAGGAAACACGUGCCCAGCCCACAGGCCCCCCCGGUGUGUGCCGAGAAUCUGCAGCUCCAGCACCGGGAAGCUUUGCACACAUGCGCUUUGGCCGGGGGUGCUCAUCACCCAGGACAGAUCUGACUGCCCAGGGCAGACGCUCCGGGGUGCCCUGAGAACACGCGUCCGCACCGGGUUGGCCUCCACGACGGCGUGUGCGAGUGUGCGUGGCUGAUGCUCACACGCUCACAGGGCUCCGCCCUCGUGGGGCUGGAAACGCCUCCCUCUCCCAGAAGCCAUUGAGCCUAGGAGAUGCCGGACCAGCCACACUACACAGAUCUUGAGGGUCUGGGUGGACCCUCCAGUCUCGCUCACCGUUAACCAGAGUGUGCUGAGCCAGUCUGGGGUCUCGUGUACUUCCCUUCACCCCAGGGCAAGGUGACCUCCCAGGCAGGUGGCCUCAGGCCAUUGCCUCGCCUGCAGCUGGCUCCUGGGGCCACACAGGACCUGGCUUCCUGGCCCCUUUUCUACAAACCCUGGAUCUGCCAGGCCUGGGAGAAGGGCAGAGAGAAGCCCUGCCCAGCCCCCCUGCCAGCGAGCAUCCUGGACGGAGGGGAGCGUGUGCGAGAGGGAGGGGACCCCUGAUUUGUAAUGUGGCUGCAGCACCCCAGGGUCCCCCAUUGCGGAUGAGAUGUUGACUUAUUAUUCCUCAAUAACUUCUUGAAAUAGAAACAAAAUUUAUUUUAAUAUAUUACGUAUUCAGGGUGUCCUAGAAAAAUGUAGACACAUUUAAUAGUUUAAUUCUCCUUUUCAGGUUUAACUGAUGUGUUAUAAUGGGUGAAGUCAGACUAAGCUCUGAACAAAGGAAAUUUAUCGACUAGACUUUUUUAUGGGGAUACAUAAGGGGAAGUUUACGGUACAAACCCGGCAACUAUCAAAAAAUUAAGGGCAGCUAUUGAAAGAGAACGCACAGUUAGCGAUUUUUGAUGUUUGCUGUUCGUUACUUCACAAUACACCUCCCUGUGCGUCAUUGACCUUGGACACGGGGUAGGGGCCUCCGCGGUGGGAAGGAGUCAGGACACGUGACCAGAAGGGAGAGAAGGGGGCUCUCCGAGCUGUGGACCCGUCUGCCCUCUCUCCCAUGUGGGAGUUGCGAGGUGCCCACGGAGAGUCCCAAGAGGCCUGUCUGUGCUCUGAGAUCCCACCUUCUCGUACUUCCUGGUCACGUGUCCUGACUUCUUUCCCAGGCUCAGACCCCGGCCCACGUCUCCAGGGUCAAUGACGCAGGGGGGGUGCAGUGAAGCAACCAACAGCA